AAUCACUUGGACUGCAACACUAUCAUCCGCAAGCAUCUAGACCCACACUUUCGUCGCAAUGGUCAAAGGAAAGUCCAAAGGAAAAAAGGACUCCGCAGGGGGUGUCAACAGCCAUAUACGGGCGCGUAUAGAUUAUCUAUACAAAGCGGCUACUUUCCUGCAAGCCCAGUCCGGCGCUUGUCAUACUGGCGUUACCACCAAUGAGUCAAAUGACCAGGAACCACCUGUACCAACGCAUAUAGUGCCACUCACUGCUGGCUCUACCGAUGCUGUGGGUCAAAGCCAGUUUUCGCAGGAGCAGACUGCAACCGGCGAGCUACCUCAACUAUCUCGGAAUUAUGUGUCGCAGAUGCGCGGCGUAUCUCUGAAAACACAGCUUCGCCUUCCCGUUGAUAUGAAGAGAUCUUUCUGCAAGCGAUGCGACACGCUUCUAAUUCCUGGGUCGACUUGUACAAAAGAACUGAGGAACCCUAGCCGCGGCCGCAGAAAGCCAUGGGCUGAUCUGUUGGUCAUUCGUUGCUCUACCUGCGGCACAGAGAAGCGGUUCCCUCAAACAGACAAGCGCGGCAAGAAGUUAAUUGCUCGUCGGCAAGAAAAAGCGCACGAGAAGCAAGAAAAUAAGACCAGCACAGGCUCCUGAAUAUAUGCUCGCGCUGCGGAAUCCAAAUCUGUCUUCCAACCCGCGAAAGGCUGCCGACGCGCCUUGCAGCAUUACCCAUCCCGAAUCAUGGGCAAGAUUGACCAGUCUCGCAGCCAAUUCAUGAUGAUUAGGUUCGAGCGCCUCUUCCCGAUGUGGCUCUGCGCGCGCGCAGUCAUGCCUACUUGUGUUAAGAUGAUGGGCAUACACCGAUCGAGUCACAUAUCCCGAGCUGGGGGAUUGAUUAACUUUACCCUG